UUGAGUUAUUAAAGAUGGCGGCGGAGCGGAGUCGCUCCCCGAUGGACUCGCCGGUCCCGGCCUCUAUGUUCGCCCCCGAGCCCAGCUCCCCGGGGGCGGCCAGGGCCGCGGCGGCUGGUUCUAGUGAGCCCUACAUCAGAGCAGUAUGACAGCCUACUUCGGCAGAUGUGGGAGAGGAUGGACGAGGGAUGCGGAGAGACCAUAUAUGUCAUUGGGCAGGGAUCAGAUGGGACUGAGUAUGGGCUGAGUGAAGCUGACAUGGAGGCCUCCUACGCCACGGUGAAGAGUAUGGCGGAGCAGAUAGAGGCUGACGUCAUCCUCCUGCGGGAACGUCAAGAAGCUGGGGGCCGCGUGCGUGAUUACCUGGUCCGGAAACGAGUAGGAGACGAUGACUUCCUGGAGGUCAGGGUAGCAGUUGUGGGCAACGUGGAUGCCGGUAAAAGCACGCUGCUGGGGGUGCUGACGCACGGAGAGCUGGACAAUGGCCGAGGCUUUGCUCGCCAGAAACUCUUCCGCCACAAACAUGAGAUUGAAUCUGGUCGCACCAGCAGUGUGGGCAAUGACAUUCUGGGCUUCGACAGCGAAGGCAAUGUGGUGAACAAGCCCGACAGCCACGGAGGCAGCCUAGAGUGGACAAAGAUCUGUGAGAAGUCCACAAAGGUUAUUACCUUCAUUGACCUAGCUGGCCAUGAGAAGUACCUGAAGACCACCGUCUUUGGCAUGACUGGCCAUUUGCCUGACUUCUGCAUGCUCAUGGUGGGCAGCAAUGCUGGCAUCGUGGGAAUGACAAAGGAGCACCUGGGCUUGGCAUUGGCACUCAAUGUGCCUGUCUUUGUGGUAGUCACCAAGAUCGACAUGUGCCCUGCCAACAUUCUGCAAGAAACUCUGAAGCUGUUACAGCGCCUGCUGAAGUCACCAGGCUGCCGGAAAAUCCCCGUACUGGUGCAGAGCAAGGACGAUGUGAUUGUCACAGCCUCCAACUUCAGCUCCGAGAGGGUGUGCCCCAUAUUCCAGAUCUCCAACGUUACAGGUGAGAACCUGGACCUGCUGAAGAUGUUCCUCAACCUCCUCUCCCCCCGCACCAGCUACAAGGAGGAAGAGCCUGCUGAGUUUCAGAUCGAUGACACCUACUCUGUCCCAGGUGUGGGAACAGUGGUGUCAGGGACAACACUGAGAGGUCUGAUCAAACUGAAUGACACGCUGCUGCUGGGCCCAGACCCCCUGGGUAACUUCCUGCCCAUUGCUGUCAAGUCAAUCCAUCGCAAGCGCAUGCCUGUCAAGGAGGUGCGGGGGGGCCAGACAGCCUCCUUUGCGCUGAAGAAGAUCAAGCGUUCGUCCAUCCGGAAGGGCAUGGUGAUGGUUUCCCCACGCUUGAAUCCCCAAGCCUCCUGGGAGUUCGAGGCCGAGAUUCUUGUCCUCCACCACCCCACCACAAUUAGCCCACGCUACCAGGCCAUGGUGCAUUGUGGGAGCAUCAGGCAGACAGCCACCAUCCUGAGCAUGGACAAGGACUGUCUGCGUACUGGGGACAAGGCCACCGUCCACUUCCGCUUCAUCAAGACCCCUGAGUACCUGCACAUAGACCAGCGGCUGGUGUUCCGGGAAGGCCGCACCAAGGCUGUGGGCACCAUCACCAAGCUCCUCCAGACCACCAACAACUCUCCAAUGAACUCCAAGCCCCAGCAGAUUAAAAUGCAGUCAACGAAAAAGGGGCCCCUGAACAAACGAGAAGAGGGGGGCCCAUCUGGUGGGUCAGCAGUGGGAGGCCCCGCACCUGGAGACGAAGCUCCUCUUGGGGCUGGGCAGCCAGCAGCGUCCAGUAGUCUCCAGCCACAGCCCAAGCCCAGCAGCGGCGGCCGGCGACGAGGGGGCCAGCGACACAAGGUGAAGUCCCAGGGGGCCUGCGUGACUCCUGCCAGUGGCUGCUGAAUCGUCCCUGCCCUCCCCCACCACCCGAGGGGUCCUCACACUCUGGCCACGCUCCAGCAGGUGGACGGAGCAGCUCUGACCACCCCCCGCCCUCCCCCGGCCGCAGCGGACCCUCAUUGCCCCAGCGUUUCCGGGGGUUGACACAAACCGAGGAAGGGGGACAGGUUUCCAGGGACAGACCAUUCCCCAUCCCCUGCCUUCCUCCUCACUCACACAUUUUUUGUACAUCUGGGCCCUUAGUUUUUAUUCUUUUUAUUAUAUAAUCUCUGUCUCUGUUUAGAGUGUGUGCGUGCAUGCGUGCGUGUGUGUGUGUGUGCGUGCAUGUGUGCGCAGGAGGGCAGCGGGCAAGGCCCUGCCGGUCUCUCUUCUCUCCUCCAUGGCUGCCCGUUUGUCCACCCGUCCACGUGUCUGUCUGUGAGAAUCCUCAGGGCCCUUAGGGCAUGUCAGGAGUUGAAGAAGCCCACCAUCCCUGUGUGGCUAGGCUGGGGGGCUCCUGGGAUUUUGUCUGCUGUUGCCAGGGCAGGGAACCCCAAUCUAGGACUUGGGGACUUUGACAGGGAGAUGCGGUGGCAUCCCCAUCCCUUACCCCCCUCUCUUACCUGUUGAGCCCCCAAACAGAUAAUGCCAAAAGCUCUUCAACUACGGCCCGUACAUGUGCGGAGGGGAGGGCAACUGGAUGGUAGGAGCUUCAGCCCCGACCCUGACCCUGACCCUGACCCCAGCCACUGACCCAAAGACCGCUGGUGGGCUUGCCCUUGGAGACAAUCCUGUUUGCCCGGGCUGGCCCUGGCUCCCCUGGCUCCUGCCGUCAGCCCGGCCUGGAGGUUCGCCUUGCCCGGGAGCUGCCUCCUGCUUGGACUCUGGCUUUCUGUUGGGCCUCGGGGCACUGGGUACUGGACUGGGGUCCGGGCCACUCAGGAUCAUACUUUCCAGCAGCUCCUGUUGGUGGCGUUAGGGGUGGUUCCUCUAAGCCAGGUGGGGGCUGGAGUCCCUCCCUGCCACAGGGGUGCAGCAAAGCUGUUGAGCUCAGCAGGGAGGGCAGGGAAGGAGUGGUGGAAAGGUGCCUCCAGGCCCAGACGGAGAGCUUAGUCCUCUGAGUUGCCUGGGGUGGGAUGGUGCGUGGGCCCCACCCCAGCCUGGACUGAGCUCUGCACUGAAGCCCUUGGUUUAGGUGGGCUGAGGGUGGGCGUGCUCCUUCUCUAGCCGGGGUAGACACCCAGCUGGCUGGGUCCUUCCUCAGCCUCACCUCCUUCCUGUCUCGUCCCCCCACCGCUGCUCCCUCUGCUGGGCCCUCUUCCCCUCUUCCAACUGUUUCUAGUUACCACUGACCUGUGGCCAUGGACUGACCAGACCAGCAUUCAGAAUAAAAGUUUGUUUCAAGUAAA